GCACGAUUACCAUUCUGACAUUUGCCGCAUCUCGCGCAUCUCGCAUCAACACUUUACGUUACUUUUUCCACGUUAACCAAAAACCCCCAACUUCAAAAUGACUGGCGGCGGCAAAUCUGGCGGCAAGGCCUCUGGCUCCAAGAACGCUCAAUCCCGUUCCUCCAAGGCCGGUCUCGCGUUCCCCGUUGGUCGUGUCCACCGUCUUCUCCGCAAGGGCAACUACGCUCAGCGUGUUGGUGCCGGUGCUCCCGUCUACCUCGCCGCUGUCCUCGAGUACCUCGCUGCCGAAAUCCUCGAGCUGGCUGGCAACGCCGCUCGUGACAACAAGAAGACCCGUAUCAUCCCCCGUCACCUUCAGCUCGCCAUCCGAAACGAUGAGGAGUUGAACAAGCUGCUGGGACACGUCACCAUCGCCCAGGGUGGUGUUCUGCCAAACAUCCACCAGAACCUCCUGCCCAAGAAGACAACUGGCAAGGCCGGCAAGGGCUCCAGCCAAGAAUUGUAAUUUUACCGUUGGUCUUUCUGCGCUUUCUUUCGAGGUCGUUUUGGUUGUCAUAAAGGGGUCAAGGGAUAAGGUUUACGGUUGCUUUUGUACGUCUGGGUUGUACAUUAAUCCCCCACGG